GAUGCAUACAUACAUAGGAGAGCAUGGGAGUUAAGUCGGUUGAAGAUCGUCGUUCCCCCCGAAGCUCUCCCCGUGGGAUGAAGCAAGUACAGUUCCAAGUUGAAAAAAAAAAAAAAAAAAAAAAAAAAAAACCCAAAAAGAAGAUGAACCACCACCAUCAACACAGACUCAGCUACCCAUUCACCACCAACAACAACAACAACACUGCAACAACAACAACAACAACUAACUCAAAAACAACAACAACAACAACAACAAAGACGAAAACGAAAACGAACCAGACUGGACCGAACAAGAUGACCACACCAGCAACUGCAGCACUCAACCAGAUCAUGAACUCACACCAACUACAGAACACUACAAGCACAACCACUACCAACUCACCAUCACCAUCACCCUCAUCCUCCUCACCCCCUCUCACCACCCACCCCACAGCCCACCAUUCACUCGAAUUCAACCGUCUCACUCCAUCCAACAAACUCACUCCCGAUACCUCUCACCAGCAGCAGCAGAACAGGAAUGGACAUCGCAAAGGACGCUACAGCCUGUCGGUCUUCUCAAGUCUCUCCUCGCCGCUACUCACCAACACCAAUCCAACAACCACCACAAAUAACCACCACAAGCUGACCAACCAGACCACAACGACCAGUCAGAAUAUAAGCACGCCCACCUUAGUCAUAGACGGCCCGAAUGGCUCCGGAGGAUACGCGAGUCUGGGCCCGAGCACGCCGGAUCCGAACCGUCGGAGCACCCAGCAGAGUCUCCUCCCGCCCGGCCCGCCGCCCUUCCUGGCCCGAUACCUGACGCCCUCCAGUCCCGCCUCCGCCUCCUCCACCCCCGCCGCACUCUCGCCCGUCGCCGGCCCCUCCUCCUCGGCUCGCCCCGACUGGGCGCUCACCUCCUCGCCCGUCAAUAACAACCUCCUCCUGCCCCAUCGCUCCCUCCCCUCCCACCUCGCUCGAUCUCACUCCCUCGUUCCUCCCGACCCGCUCAACUCCUCCGCCCUCCGCUUCUCCUCCUCCUCCUCCUCCGCUUCCUCUAACAUCACCACUCCUACUACUACUACUACUACCACCUCUAACUCUAAUAAUCCGCUUCAACUCUCCAGUAGCAGUCGAGGUAACUCCAGACUUCCCGCCGAUAAUCGCGCCCAAUCAUCCCUCGCUCAAUCUUCGUCCCACAAAGAUCGCUCUUCUAAUAAUAAUAGUAAUUCAAAUGGCUGUAAUAGUAAUGGCAAUGGGAAUGGGAAUCCGAACGGCAAUCCCUCUGGGCCUGGGCCUGGGGGCGGUGGUGGUGGGACCACCCAAGCCACGAGUCAACUGGAAGCCAAAGUGGUCAUCCUGGGCAUGCAAGGGGUGGGAAAGACGUCGAUCGUCCAUCGCUACACCACCGGCUCGUUCUCCUACUCGCUCACAUCGACCAUCGGGGCCUCGUUCUGCACAAAGAAGCUGUCGGUAGAUGGCUGCAAGGUGCGGCUCCAAAUAUGGGACACUGCCGGCCAAGAACGGUUUAGAAGUAUGGCGCCGAUGUAUUAUCGGGGGGCCAAUGCGGCGAUCUUAGUCUAUGAUAUCACCAACCAGGAGAGUUUCCUGGACAUCCAAAACUGGCUGGAUGAGUUACGGCAAAACAUGAGCGGCGACCUGAUUAUCCAGAUCGUGGGGAGCAAGGCCGACCUAGCGCCGGAGAGCCGGGCGGUGGAGAUGGAAGCGGCGCAUGCCCGGGUGGCCGCCUGGACUGCGGCCGGCGCCCGGCCCGACGACGGCCAUCUGCUCCUCAGCCCCUUCGGCCCCGCCGGCCCCUCGAACCCGCCCACGCUCGACGACCCCUCCUCCCUCGCCUCCUCCUCCUCCGCCCCCUCGCCCUCCUCCCUCCUCCUCUCCGCCGCCGCUUCCUCUUCUAACUCUGGAAACUCCGGCUCGGGCUGGAAUCAUGUCGGGAUUAGCGAAGUUAGCGCUAAAGAUGACUUCGGAAUCGAGGAGCUUUUUCUGGUGCUUUCGCGCAGACUUGUCUUGCGCAAGACGCAGAUCGAGGCGCUCCGGAGCCCGCAUUCGCGCGACUCUAUCCGUGUCCAUCACCAUCAUCAUCAGCAUCAUCAUCAUCAGCAGCAGGACCAGGGCUGGAAGAAUCUUAACUCGGCCGUCGGGCUUGAUCAGCAUCAGUUCGGAGCGACCGGGUCCAACCAUCCCGGCUCUUGCUGUUGAGGCCGCGCUCCGACUCACACGCGCGUUCCUCUUCAUCCCUUCCCCGAUCCCGCUUCUCAGCCGUCUCUCCUCUUCGUUUCCGCUCCUCUGGUUUCGUUUUCGAUCCUCUCUCUCUCCUCCCUCCUCCUCCUCCUCCUUUUGGAGGGCUUCAUCCGGCGGUCCUCGUGCUCGCUUCCCGUCCGCUCGGCCCGCUUGUCCUUCCUCGUCCGACCCUCGACGAUCGGCUUCCCUUUCCUCACUUCCCUUUCUUCUUUUUUUGUACCCUUUCUUUUUAUUUUGGUUUGUGUGUUUUGUUUUUGUAUUGGUGGUGUUGUAGUUAUUUGUCUUCUUCCUACUCUUUCUUUCUUUCUUUCUUUUCUUUUCUUUGGAUUUCUUUCUUUUUUCUUUGUUGGUCCACUUCCUUCCUUCCUUUCUUUUUUGUAGUUUAAUAUAUUCAUGAAAUUUCUUUUGGAGGUUUAUA